AUGACCAUCCACGUAGAGGGGCUGGUGGCCAUCGCGAUCUUCUAUCUGCUGAUCCUGGCCGUGGGCAUCUGGGCGGCAUGGAAGAACAAACACUCCGGGGAGGCGGAGGGCACCGACCGCAGCGAAACCAUCAUGGUCGGAGGGAGAGACAUUGGAUUAUUUGUCGGUGGAUUUACCAUGACGGCGACCUGGGUUGGAGGAGGAUAUAUAAACGGCACAGCUGAGUACGUGUAUCUGCCGGAUUAUGGCUUGGCUUGGGCUCAAGCUCCGUUUGGAUAUGCCCUCAGUCUUGUCGUGGGGGGUCUUUUUUUCGCUAAACCCAUGCGCUCACGAGGUUACGUCACCAUGUUGGACCCGUUCCAACAGAUAUAUGGGAAACGCAUGGGUGGCCUCCUCUUCAUACCUGCACUUAUGGGUGAGAUCUUCUGGUCCGCAGCCAUCUUAUCCGCCCUUGGUGCUACUCUGAGUGUCAUCGUGGACAUCAACAUUAAGAUGUCCGUGGUUAUCUCGGCGCUCAUUGCAAUCUUUUACACCCUGGUUGGAGGACUUUACUCUGUGGCCUACACUGAUGUCGUGCAGCUCUUCUGUAUCUUUCUUGGCCUGUGGAUCAGCGUCCCGUUUGCUUUGACCAACCCUGCCGUGUCAGACAUCACCAUUACUGCAGUGAAGCAGGUGUACCAGUCGCCCUGGAGAGGCAGCAUCCAGAAGGGCGACACCUGGGUCUGGAUUGACAACUUCUGCCUCCUGAUGCUUGGAGGAAUACCCUGGCAAGUGUAUUUCCAGAGAGUCCUGUCUGCCUCCUCGGCCACCUACGCCCAGGUCCUCUCCUUCAUAGCCGCUUUCGGGUGCCUCGUCAUGGCUGUGCCCUCCGUUCUCAUCGGGGCCAUCGGGGCCUCCACAGACUGGAACCAGACAAGUUAUGGUGCUAUUCCUCCUAAAGAGAGGGACCAAGCGGACAUGAUUCUACCCAUCGUGCUCCAACACCUUUGCCCGCCGUUUGUCUCUUUCUUCGGCCUCGGUGCCGUGUCCGCAGCUGUCAUGUCAUCUGCAGACUCCUCCAUCCUGUCAGCGAGCUCCAUGUUUGCGAGGAACAUCUACCAGCUCGCCUUCAGACAGUCGGCGUCUGACCGCGAGAUCGUGUGGGUGAUGCGUAUUACCAUCUUUGUAUUCGGCGGCCUUGCCACGUUGAUGGCGCUGGUGACUGGGACAGUUUACGGCCUCUGGUACCUGAGCUCAGACCUGGUUUACGUCAUCAUCUUCCCCCAGCUGCUGAGCGUGCUCUUUGUCAAAGGCACCAACACGUACGGCUCCGUGGCUGCCUACGUCUUCGGCAUGGUGUUGCGUAUAGGUGGAGGAGAACCCUACUUACAGCUGCCUCCUUUCAUUUAUUACCCUGGCUGGACCACUGAGCAGAGGAUACACCACAUAACUGGAGAGAUGGAGGACGUCGUCAUUCAGAAGUUCCCCUUCAAGACCAUCUCCAUGGUCGCCUCCUUCUUGGGUAACGUCGGUUUCUCCUACCUGGCGAAGUACCUGUUUGAGAGCGGCAAGAUUUCACACAAAUAUGACUUUCUCGACGCCGUGGUGUCCAAGCACAGCGGAGAGAUCAUGGAUAAGACAACGCUCGUGACUCGCAGCAACAACAUCGGGCUGUCAGAGAUGGCGCCCGUCAAACCGCGGCUGAGCGUGACCUUGGCGGCCGCCUUCACGCGCCGUGACACACUGCCGACAGAAAUGGUGGAGGAGGAGGAGGAGGAGUCAAGCCCUGAUUCCUCCCACCAUGAUGAAGAAUGA